GGGUUUGGUUUGCUUCAUUUCCCCCCGUCAGCGCGGUGCUUUUACGUAAACGGUUUUUCCUUCCUGCGCCUGAUUGACAGCAACGCCGCCGCGGCUCUUCCCGGGAGCCCCCGGCCUGGCCUCCGCCCAGCCCCCCGCCCCGCUCCCGCGGAGGGCGCGGGAAGGCGGCGCGGGGCGGAGCGGGGUGCGGGGCGCGGUGCGGGGCCCUGCCCGUCCCGUCCCGUCCCUGCCCGCAGCCGCAGGAUGGUGGUGCCGCCGCUGCUGCGCGCCGUCAUCAUGGGGCCGCCGGGUUCCGGGAAAGGCACCGUCUCCGCUCGGAUAAUCAAACACUUCGGCGUGAAGCACCUCUCCAGCGGCGACCUGCUGAGGGACAACAUGCAGAGGAGGACAGAAGUUGGAAUCCUUGCCAAGUCCUACAUUGAUCAGGGGCGGCUUAUUCCAGAUGACAUCAUGACACAACUGAUGCUGAAUGAGCUAAAAGGUCUUGAUCGGUACAACUGGCUGUUGGAUGGUUUCCCCAGAACAGUUGCUCAGGCAGAAGCCCUGGAUAAAGAAUGCCAAAUAGACACUGUCAUUGACCUAGAUGUACCAUUUGAGACCAUAAAAUGUCGACUAACAGCACGUUGGAUCCACCCUGCUAGUGGCAGAGUCUACAAUCUUGAAUUCAGUCCUCCCAAAGUGCAGGGGAUUGAUGAUAUCACUGGAGAGCCACUUGUUCAGCGUGAUGAUGAUAAGCCAGAGACUGUUACCAAGCGGCUGCAGGCUUAUGAUGCACAAACAAAACCUGUUCUAGCAUAUUAUCGGGAAAAAGGGUUACUGAAAUCCUUCUCUGGAACAGAAACCAAUAAAAUCUGGCCACAUAUCUAUGCUUUCCUCCAAACCAAGUUGCCAGAUGUGAGCCAGAAAGAUGCUGCCACUCCCAGAAGCCAGUACCCUUAGAAGAACAGGUGCUUGUUGUACCUCUCUGGUCCAAAGUCAAGUGCAAGUUGACUCGCACACCAACUGAACUCCUUCAAGCAAAACUGAAAUCCAUCAGUCUUGACUAACUGAAUACAGUCUACAGCAAACCAGUUUCAAUCUUCCUGCAUUUUUCCUGCAUAGCUCUAGGUUGCUCUGCUUCAGUACUGAGAAAAGGUCACUAAUUUGGGCCCCACUGAGAACUGCAGAUGAAAUAGUAAGUUGUGGCGAUACACUGGUACACUGUGAAAACACAGGUGUAAUUAGCCAAAAACAGUCCUUAAACUGGUCUGUGUUUGCUACUGUUACUUACUUAUUACUUGUCUGUAAGACCCCUCUUAGCCCCCUGCUGUAUGUUACUUUCCCUCUAGGAUAGGAAAAAUCCACUCAAGUUUCAUUUUCAGAAUUGGAAUUACACCAAAAUAUUCUGUCUAGACAAGAACAGCUAACUUUCCCAUAAGCCUAAGUCAGUCUAUAAAACAUUCAGCCUCCUGUGGUUAGGAAGAAACCUCUGAAACACUGGUCCCUUAUACAGCAUCAAGAGUUUUCUCCCAUCAAUUCCCAAGCU